AGGCAAGCCUAUUGCGUACCAAAAGCAAGCACUGAAGCAGACAGAAAGUAGAAUCAGAGAGAGAGAGAGAGAGUGGUGAUUCUGCGUUCACAUAGAUGAUAAAUGAUAGAUGAUGUCUCGCUUACUACUAUCAUCCGCUCCACUUUCUGCUAUCGCCACUCCCUCCGAGUCCACCCGGCUUCUUUUCCCAACUCACCUCCGUAACAAGAGCAAUAAGAAGACGAGUUCUCUGACUCGGGAGGAACAAUUCGGUUUCAACCCUGCUUUUCGGCUCAGAACCUUCCAUAGACGCUCCCCUCACGGCUGCUUAUCCACGUCUGUCGUGGGGCCCACUUCUUCUUCUUCUUCUUCUUCCGAGAUGCAGGAUAGCUUGCUGUACUCCAGAGCAUACUGGGUCAGUAGAUCACAAAUUGCGUGGAAUGUAGAUGCUGAAAACAGUUCCUGUUAUUUGUACGCUAGUAAAACUGCUUGUUUGUCUGUCACAAAUGAUGGAAUUCAAGUUUCUAUGCAAGCAGGCUACGAUGUGAGAAUCAAGCUUGAAGUAGACAACACUUGGCUCUCAGAAAAUGUCAUUGAAAAAUUUCCUCAUAUACGAGAUUAUAGACCGUUCAAGGUCCCGUCGACUUUGGAUGUUAAAAGUCUACUCAAAUCCCAGUUGGCUGUGGCCAUAUACAGUUCCGAUGGGAAAUGGAGCACCGCUACCGGUUUGCAGUUGCCAGGUGUCCUUGACGAAAUAUUCUCAUAUAAUGGACCCCUUGGUGCAGUGUUUUCAGAAGAAGCAGUCUCACUUUACCUGUGGGCUCCCACUGCUCGAGUUGUGCGUGCUUGCAUUUACGAAGAUCCAUUAGGUAGGGAUCCUGUUGAAAUUGUCACACUAAAGGAGUCCAAUGGUGUCUGGUGUGCCAUCGGUCCAAGAAGUUGGGAAGGCUGUUACUAUGUGUAUGAAGUCUCUGUUUACCAUUCUAGCACGUUACGGUUUGAAAAAUGCAUUGCCAAUGAUCCAUAUGCUAGAGGGCUUUCAUCUGAUGGAAGGAGGACAUUGUUUGUUGAUCUUGAUUCUGAUGCCUUAAAACCCAAAGGAUGGUGUAAUUUAGCAGAUGACAAACCAAUUCUCCAUUCUUUCUCUGACAUCAGUAUUUAUGAAUUGCAUAUCAGAGAUUUCAGUGUUAAUGAUCCUACUGUGGAUGCUGACUUUCGUGGCGGCUAUCUUGCUUUUACUUCUCAGAAUUCAGCAGGUGUAUGUCAUCUAAAGAAAUUAUCUAGUGCUGGAAUUACUCAUGUGCAUCUGCUGCCAAGCUUCAAUUUUGCUAGUGUUGCUGACGAGAAGGAUAAAUGGAAGCAUGUAGAUAACCAAAUGUUGGAAUCAUUACCACCUGAUUCAGAUGAACAGCAGGCUCUUAUCACAUCCGUUCAAAAUGAAGAUGGGUACAACUGGGGCUAUGAUCCUGUUUUAUGGGGAGUCCCUAAAGGAAGCUAUGCAAGUAAUCCAAAUGGUCCGUGCCGCACAAUUGAGUUCAGGAAGAUGGUGCAGGCACUUAACUGUAUUGGCCUUCGUGUUGUGUUGGACGUUGUCUAUAAUCAUUUGCAUGGAAGUGGUCCAUUUGAUGAGAACUCUGUUCUUGACAAGAUUGUUCCAGGUUACUACCUGAGACUGAACAGGAAUGGGUGUAUUGAGCAGAGCACAUGUGUAAAUAACACAGCCAGUGAGCAUUUUAUGGUUGAACGUUUGAUUCUUGAUGAUCUUUUAUGCUGGGUAGUUCAGUAUAAGGUUGAUGGGUUUCGAUUUGACCUUAUGGGUCAUAUAAUGAAACGUACCAUGGUUAAGGCAACAAAUGUGCUCAAUGGCCUAUCAAAGGAUACAAGUGGAGUCGAUGGCUCUAGUAUUUAUAUAUAUGGUGAAGGAUGGGAUUUUGGCGAAGUGGAAAAAAAUGGGCGUGGGGUAAAUGCCUCACAGUUCAACCUUUGUGGGACUGGAAUUGGGAGCUUCAAUGAUCGAAUCCGAGAUGCAUUGCUUGGUGGAUCUCCUUUUGGCCAUCCUCUUCAGCAAGGUUUUGUGACUGGUUUGCUUUUGCAGCCCAAUGAUCACAACCAUGGUUCUAAAGCAGAUCAAGAGCGUACGCUUGCUGCUUCAAAGGAUCACAUUCAGGUUGGGAUGGCUGCAAACCUGAGGGAUUUUGUGCUGACCAAUUGCGAUGGGCAAGAGGUCAAAGGAUCAGAAGUUUUUACUUAUGGUGGGUCGCCUGUUGCAUAUGCUCUUAGUCCAACUGAAACAGUUAAUUAUGUUUCUGCUCAUGACAACGAGACCUUGUUUGACAUUGUGACUUUGAAGACUCCAAUAGAAAUGUCAAUAGAUGAGAGGUGCAGAUUAAAUCAUUUGGCAACAAGUGUAAUAGCACUUUCACAGGGAAUACCAUUUUUCCAUGCUGGUGAUGAGAUGCUGCGCUCGAAAUCACUGGACCGUGAUUCAUACAACUCUGGUGAUUGGUUUAACAGGUUGGACUUCAGCUACAAUUCUAACAAUUGGGGUGUAGGCCUUCCUCCAAGAGAAAAAAAUGAGAAGAACUGGCCCCUAAUUAAACCAAGAAUAGGCGAUCCGUCCUUCAAGCCUCAGAGUACUCACAUUCUUUCUGCUGUAGAGAAUUUUCUAAAUGUGUUACGAAUUAGGUACUCUUCACCUCUUUUCCGUUUGCGGACAGCAAAUGCCAUCCAGCAACGGGUACGAUUUCAUAACACUGGUCCCUCAUGGAUCCCCGGCGUUAUAGUGAUGAGCAUUGAGGAUGGUCAUGAAGGUGUCCCUGGUUUAUCUCAACUGGAUCCCAUCUACUCAUACAUUGUUGUUAUGCUCAAUGUCCGUCCAACUGCUGUCUCAUUUACCAUCCCUACAGCACGGACAAGAACUUUUGAAUUGCACCCUGUACAGGUGGUGUCAACUGAUGAAAUCGUGAGGAACUCUACAUAUGAAGCACUGACUGGGUGCUUUACAGUUCCCCCAAGAACAACUUCUGUGUUUGUUGAGCCUAGAAACACCUGAGUUCUGUGUGCUGUCAAAUACGCUGGUUACAUUUUCUUUCUAUAACUCAGGUGGACUCGUCACUGUUGCUGGGGUUGACUGAAAAAACCUCAGCGCGACGAAUAGUGCAAAGUGCGAUAGAAAAUCUCCUCGUAAAUAUAGGGGAGCAGCAAUCAAGGUACUAGCCUUUACAUUUUGAAGAGCAUUAUUGGAGAUCAGAUGUUGCCUAGCAAUGGAUAUUUCUUCUUUCAAGAGGAGCUUCAUGAAAGGAUCAUCUGUUUUGUUGCCUGGUGUGUACUGUGUACCCGUCUGUAUUUCCAUGCAUAAAAAAAGAGGAGAGCUUAUUUCAAGACAAAAUUACUCCUCCUUUGCCAUGUGUGUAAAGCAUGACCAGUUUCUUUUCUUCUUCUUUUUUCCCUUGACCAGUUUUUUAUUAAGAUGAGGAUUGAGAAGGAUGUGAACUGUAAAAUAAGAGUGAGAUACAGGAGAUGGAAGAGUGCAUCAUGAUCUCGUGAUGGCACAGUUGCAAUUAAGUUAAAAGAAAACAUCAUAGGAUUGCUAUAAAAA